ACCCUCACACAGAGAGAGAGAGAGAGAGAAAAAAAGUGGUUAUACACACAGGCAAGGAAGAACACAAAGAACAUACGGAAGGACAGAGCUCCAGAUUUGGAACAGAAUCUUCUAUCUUUGAUUACAACUGGAUUAGAAUCUCAGCGUGACAGAAUCCUCUGUUAGUUCUAGAAUCUGUGUGCUGGAUUCUGUCAGUUGAGAAUCUCGGCAGGAUCUAGAACUUCUUAGUUAAGUCACAUCCUCUUUUCUCCAGGAAGGGCAGGUGUUGGAGAGACCCAGCCCAGGGAGCCAGCAUGUCGAUGGGCAUGGAAAUUGUGGGAAUCGCCCUGGGAGUCAUAGGAUUCAUCCUGGGCAUCGUGGUCUGUGCUUUGCCCAUGUGGAAGGUGACAGCCUUUAUCGGAGCCAACAUCAUCACAGCCCAGACCAUCUGGGAGGGCCUGUGGAUGAACUGUGUGAUCCAGAGCACGGGACAGAUGCAGUGUAAGGUCUACGACUCCCUCCUGGCCUUGCCCCAGGACCUGCAGGCCGCCAGAGCCAUGACCAUCAUCGCCAUCAUCUUGGGGAUUCUAGGGGUGAUGGUCUCCAUCGUCGGAGCCAAGUGCACCAACUGCAUCGAUGAUGAACCCUCCAAAGCUAAAGUCAUGAUCAUCUCCGGAAUCUUCUUCAUCCUGGCCGGGAUCCUAGUCCUCAUCCCUGUCUCCUGGUCGGCCAGCACCAUCAUCCAAGAUUUCUACAACCCCCUUUUGAUCAACGCCCAGAAGAGGGAGCUGGGGGCCUCGCUCUACAUUGGCUGGGGGGCCGCGGCCCUGCUCCUGAUCGGAGGGGCCAUGCUGUGCAGCUCCUGCCCCCCCAGCGAGGAGAAGAGGUACAAGCCUGCCGGCAUGGCCUACUCCGCCCCUCGCAGCGUGAGCGGGGGCGCAGCGGGAUACGACAGGAAGGACUACGUCUGAGAGAGACCUCUUCACCUCCCUGAUUGAAUGGAGGGAAGAAAACACAGAGGAGAGGAGAGGAGAGGAGAGGAGAGGAG